AACUCUCCAUAGAGAGCUUCUUCAUUCAACUCCGAUGAUUUGGACCAAUUUUGUUUAUUAUAAAUAAGGGAAUAUACCUUUGUCUAUUAAAAUGUACAUUUAAUGUCACCGAAAAGGUUGCCUCAACUGUCCGACAUCACAUGACAUGCAACUAGAUGCUUAUAACACGUCCCAUUUAGGCUUUAUACUAGUACACAUUAGAUAUUUCUCUCCUAUCACUCGAAAUGAAGGCAAGCCCAGUGACAGAUGUGAAGAUCUCGUCGGUGGUACCUGCUUCUAUGACAGGCGAGAACAAGCCACGGCAUCUCACGGCCAUGGACUUGGCCGUGAAGCUCCACUACGUCCGAGCUGUUUACUUCUUCAAGGGUACACGUGACUUCACCAUCGUCGAGUUGAAAAACAUCACGUUUCCUUUGCUCGACCUCCAGUGUUAUGACCAUGUGACUGGUCGGAUCCGGAUUCUCAACAACAACGACCCUUCAGCUCAAGCCAUACCUUACAUUCGCUGCAACGACAGUGGCAUGCGCAUAGUUGAAGCUAAAGUCGAAGGGUUCACGGUCCAGGAGUGGCUAGACUUGGACGACCGUUCCAUCGACCACCGGUUCCUUGUCUACGAUCACGUUCUUGGUCCUGAUCUUUUCUACUCUCCACUCGUUUACCUCCAGAUAACACAGUUCAAAUGUGGUGGGCUAUCACUAGGGCUAAGUUGGGCCCAUGUACUAGGAGAUGUAGUUUCAGCAUCAACUUUCAUGAAAACGAUGGGACAACUAAUGUCGACUCGUGGCCCAUCCAAACCCGUUUACCCGAAAAAACCCGAACUGACCCCUCAUGCUAAUGGUCACGUUGAUGAUGAUGGUGAGGCCAUUUCCAUUAAGAAGGUGGAAUCAGUUGGGAAGUAUUGGUUACUUAGCAAUAAAUGCAAGAUGGGGAGAUUCAACUUUAAGUUUAGCCUCGAGCAAAUCGACCGGUUGAUGGCCAAGUACCAAUCUGCCUCAGAGGUUGAUAUUCUGUAUGCAUUGAUAUGGAGUUCGAUACUGAAUAUCCGUGGGGAAAAAGACACAAAUGUUAUAACAAUCUGUGACCGUAAAACGUCUUCAACAUGUUGGAACGAUGACUUGGUAAUAAGUGUAGUGGAAAGGAAAGACGAGAUGACCGAGGUAUCCGAACUAGCGGGGCUCAUAGCGAACGAGAGAAGGGAAGAGACCGGUGUGAUCAAGGGGAUGAUAGACAAAGAUAGAGGCUCUUCGGAUUUUAUCACGUACGGUGCAAACUUAACGUUUGUGAAUCUUGACAUGUGUGACGAACUUGAGAUCAAAGGAGAGAAGCCUGAUUUUGUGAACUUUACGAUUCAUGGUGUGGGUGACAAAGGAGUUGUGUUGGUGUUUCCUAAGGGAGAGUUUGCGAGGGUUGUAAGUGUGGUUAUGCCUGAAGAAGAGCUUGCAAAGCUGAAGAUUGAGGUGAAUAAUAUGAUUAUGUAGCUUUUUGUGAUUAAAUUUGUUGGUUUGUUGUUCUGUGUGGUGCAACUUACAUACACUUUCUAGUUUUUAUCCGAUUGUUCUGUUUGUCCUUUUUUUUUCACUGAUGAUGACUUUGAUUAUCAAUAAAAUGUGUGUGGUUGUCUUUUGA